AAAGUCUUACGUUCCAUCUUCUCUACAGGACAAGAGUCUCCCAAGAUAUAUAUACCCACUAAUACCCAAAUCCAUAGACACAAUCUCCCUCUAUAUAUCCAUUUCUCCAAACGAAAACAAAAAAAACAUUAAGCCAAGAACCGCAUAUACGAACCAAGAACACAUCAUCGUUAGUUCUAAUUAUGAAGAAGGAUACAUGCAAGGAAGGAUCAUCAAUCUCGAGAAACUCAUCGGUGGGAUACUAUGAUGAACGGAUGCCAGAGGGUGUUCCGUUCGAGUGGGAGAUGCAGCCAGGGACUCCCAUUAAUACUCAACCACGGGAGGUUGUUCCUCCAUUAAGUCCUCCUCCAGCUAUGCUCAGCCUCGGCCUCCCCAAGCCAUCCAUCUCCAUCGAAGAGCCAAAGAACUUUGUGUUUCCAACGAAGCUGAAGCUGCGGAAUUGGAAACAUCUUCAUUGCAAGAGAUAUUUUUCUAGAUUGACUAACAAAAUGGUUUUGUCUUCAAUUUGUUUGUACCCUGAUAAACGCUACAUGUGGAAAAAAUGAAUCAAACGUAUGGAAAUGGGCCGGGGUCGGGCAAGAUUUUUUUUAUAAUAAUAACAAUUUUUUAAAAAAGUUGAGGACUUAUAGGCCUAUUGACAAAGAUUUUCUAGUAAAAUUUUCUAUCAUAGGUUUUACCAUCUAAACAGCUAGCGUUUGCUUUUAUGUUGUUCUAAAUCUGUUAACAGUGUUUUU